UUUUAACUUGGCGAUACUUUUGGUGUUGUAUGGUUAAGCAAAAGCUCGACCUCCACCUUUUUGACCAAGUACGAAAUGCGACCAAAGACCCCAUCGCCCACGUGUCUUUUGCAUCGCACCUUUACGAGCCAUGGUUACCAAUACAGGUAGCUACCUGGUGUUUAAGGAGACGGAUGAGCUACAUAGGUACCUAGGUGCGUCGAUGCACCUCCCUAUUCGGGUACUUAGGUGACAACUCUGCGUAUUGUAUUGUCAUUCCUACACGAGUGUGUUGCGAAAAUUUUAGUACCAGAAACACAUCGUCGCCCUCGUCGACGCAUCACCCAGUCGUCGGUUUGUCCCGCCCGGAAAGCUGUGGCUCCGAGCGCCUAGGCUACCAUGGUUAUCUCUACCUCUGCGCGGACCAUCCCCUCCAGAACCUUACGCCGACACUUCGUAUAACUUGGAAUAACAUCAACCCUUCCUGGCAGAACCCCAGACCCUUGGUGGACCCUGGGCAGAGGGUGCUGCUCUGAAGGCACGGUCCGCCAGUUGUUUCGGUGUGGCCUGUCUAGCAUUCCCUGUCCACCUUUGACCUUGUCAUCCCAUCUAAUGUCGAUUUACAUCUUUAUGCGAUCAAGCUGGUAUACCUGUGAAGUAUAUUCCUGCGUGUGUGCCUACCUAACUAGCUAGUACCUAGGUACCUAGGUAGCUAAAGGUGCCAAGCUAGGAUAUCUAAGUGUCAACUGACCGGGUAGGUAGGUACCUAGAGGUACCUACCGGUACCUACCCUAGAUGAGAUAACCACUGGGCAUCUUCAUGAUCAAAAGAAGUUUGGUAAGCUCAUGUGCACAACCGUCUAUCUGUAUAUGCCUCGAUUACUUCUGUUUGUCGUGCUAGCCAUGGCGUGUGUAGGCGCUUGGUGUUGCAUGUCAAUACCAUUACUCGCUCACCUUGCAUAGAAAUACCCAGCAAACCAACCAAACCUAGCUGCGUGUCUGGGCAACUACCAAGGCAGAGCGGACGUCUGCAGGUAAGGUGGCUGAAAAUUGUUCAUAUCUCAUUUUGUAUGCGUUGAUCCAUUUGAAGGCUUGCCGGUGCGAAAAUUUGAUAUUUACCAGACUAUUGAAGACGGAUGCUUUGACCGUCGCAGCGGACCACCGACGUUCACAACUCUUCCAAGUUUGUAGGUGGAUCCCUCUACCGCGCGUACGAGUCGGCGGGUACUACCUUUAUCCUCAUUUGAGUUUAUCAUGAUCUGAUAAUAAGGGCCCCGAGCUCUCGUGCACUUUGUGGUGAUUCUGCUACUCUUUUGGAUGUCUUGCGGUUUUGGAUUUUUCUAUUAGUCUUCUUGGACCGACCCUUAACAUCCAGUAGGCUCCGUCAUGCCACAUACAACCGCGGACGACGUCUCGCCGACUACUUCCAGCUCGCCGGAAUCACCGGCAGCCUCUGUGGUCGUCCAUCGGACCAGGGGUGCUAAGCGUUCCUCAGGGGUACCACCAUUGCUCAUACACUUGACCAAGCCUGCCGCUAGAUCUUCCGGCCAUUAUGAGUGCAGCAACUUGUCAUCGUCUUCACCGCGCCAAGAAGGUGACAUUGGGCAAGAAGUCGAUGAGGCCUGGAAGACAUUGGAUGAUAUAACCGCCUUACAGUUUGUCCUAGAUCAUGAUCGAGGAGCUUUGGCUCCACCGACGCCGAUAUCUCCCAUGUUUGCAGACAUGGACCUCCUUACAGUCCAGCGCACAUCACAGGAAUCGCCCACCCAUCACAAGAAGCCUUUUCAUAAAUGGAUGAACACACUGCGAAAACGCGGCAUGCAACGCCUGAGGAACGCAGACUUGGAUCCUGUCUCCCCGAAAUCUUUUCGUAAUAUAGACACCGAAGUGGCCAAGUCUUACCAGCGGGGCCACCGCCGAUGCUCGUCAUCAGACUCGUCGAUCGAUUUCGUCACCGCGAUGAAAAGUCCAAGUAUAAGCCUCACAAGCUUCACUGCCUUCGGUCUCCCACGACGAAAUGUUGGCGUCGCCUCCAACAAAGCGCCUUCACGGACGGGCCGCAGCAGCAGAGCUUCUAUGUCAGGGUUAAGAACCUCUGAAGAUAGCCAGUAUCCAGUCAGGUCUCCGGCAAUGGAUCCUGCUAUCGUGGAACGCUCUCUGCAGCGCCGACGUAUUCUUGACGAGUUAAUUAGUACGGAGGAAGGCUACAUUGCGGAUGUACGCUUUCUCAUGAAUGUCUAUGUCACCAUCCUCGCGUCUCUGCCUACACAGUCUCCUGGCCUGCGGUCCUCAAUCAACAGAAACAUGACAGAAAUUGUUCAGCUUCACGAGGAGCUGCUGGAAGAACUGCGAUUAGCCAUUCCCGAUUCCGAGUUUGUGCAUUAUGAAACUUGCACCGCUCAACCCCCGAAGUCAGCAAGACGAGGUCACUAUCGUUGGCGAAGUCUAGACUCCGUUCCCGAGGAUAAGAGCGACGGAAUGGCAUGGCUACGAGCCAUUCCUGGGGUGAUAGCAGAUCCUCAGGUCGCUGCUGAAGUCGCCAGGAUCUUUAUCUCGAAGAUGAACUCCUUUUUCAUCUACGAAGAAUACGGCGCCAAAUAUGAACUCAUGAUUAAGGAUGUCGCGGAGGCCCGCCGAACAAUGACGGACUGGGAAAAGUACCAGAAGGGCUUGGAGACUUUGGCUGCGUCGUUGGGGCCAGAAAAGAGCCAUCGCGAAAGCUCCAAAAAGUCUCUAACGGUUCCAGAUCUGCUUGUUAAGCCGAUACAACGCGUGUGUAAAUACCCCCUCCUAUUCGCGGAGCUCUUGAAGUACACCCCUGUUGUCGACUGUCCUCAGUCGCAUAUGGUGGUCGAAGAUGCUCUUUUACGUCUCAGGGAAGCCACUGCAGAGAUAAACCGGGCAACAGAUGACCCUAAGAUCAAAUGCACUCUUCAAAGAACCUGGAAUCUUCAAGAUCGCCUCGUCUUUGCAGAUCAGAUCCUUGAUGCGGCCUCAAAGAAUCGCAUCCGAUCUUUUGGCCACAUCCACCUCUGCGGCACGCUACAUGUUUGCUGGCAGACAAAGGACUCUAUAUCUGGCCAAUACUUGAUAUGUCUUCUCUAUAGGGAUUGGCUUUGCAUCGCAUCUGCAAGCAGAUUUGGGCAGACUUACACGAUCCUCUUGUGUGUCUCUUUAACGGCUGUCAAGGUUGAAGACGCUGACAAUGGAAGAGGGCUUCAGUGUCAUACAGCACCCUACUCAUGGAAGCUUGUUUUCCAGUGCGAUAAUGAGCUGUACGAGAUCAUCAUGACUGCUUGCAGCCCUCGGGAAUACCACGAAUGGCGCGGACGUUUAGAACAAUCGAGCUCGGCCCAUGUAUCAGGUCCUUUAAACCCAAUGUCCUUUCGGGCCCACUCUAUGAACAUCAAGAGUUUGGGCGCAGUCUUUGGAAAACCAGGUACCGUCGCUCGACGAAUUUCGAUUCAUCGUGCAAGUACUGCCGGGCCUAAGAUGACGCUCUGCCAAGUAGUCCUGAAGAACACCACCGUUGAAAGAGAAAGUUCUGUUGCGGUGGCCACUGUGUCAGCCAAGACUCGCCUCCAUAGGUCACAGUCGCUCGUGGCGCCGCCGGAGAGCCGCGUCACUGUCCUAUCACCUUCCAGGAGUGAUCGGUCCAGGCUGGAAGCAAUCCUAUCAGAUGUGUGGACGCGCGAGGCUCUUCCCUUUCCGGGGAUGACGGUCCGUUCACGAAGCGAGCAUUUGGUUCGCUCAAGCGCUUCGUCGGUAAUGAGGAAGCUAAGUGUGGCGAGCAUCGCAAGCUCCUUUACCAAGCGGUCCGUGAGCAUGGCCAGUACGACGACAACUCGUGCUUGUACCUCUGUGGCUGCUGCUAUAGACGACAGUAACAACAUGGCUCUGGUUGCGACCAAGUCUGUGAUUAAGAAUCACCGCGGCUCCUCGUUCCUGAGAUCUCAGAAAAAAGGCGACUCUUCAAGUCAUCAAACAAUUGAUACGAAGAGUGUCGCUACAAUGCCUAUAGGAUCGGGCGAUGAUAGGAACAGCAGUGAUGGUUUGGGUUCGGCUGGAGUACUGUCAGUUUCAGAUACUGCUAUUGACAAGUAUGGAAUCACUGCUGGGAGCAGGGAUGGUCGAGCAGCGAUUGGGGAUAGGUCUUACGAGUCUACUGUCCAGAUAUCAAGGCCCGAUCUUUCCAUGCUACCUUUAUCCCAAGUUAUUACGACAUUCGAUGGGGUCGAUAGCGCGUUGGCAAGCUGCCAGAACUCGGUAGUAUCGUCAAGGUCAGACAAAGCAACGGCGGCAGCCGAGGUCACGUCAAUACCCCUUGAUCAACCACCACCUGGACGCUGGGAUACGAUGUCGAUUCGCGUGAGCAGCGAUGCCAUUCCCAGGACGCCGAGCCGAAGAGGCACGGGAGAUACAGCCGGCUGUGGUAGCGAAACGCCGUCUUCUAUCAAAUCGGCACGCCGUUGGACAAAGGGCGGAAUGAAUCGUGGUGUUAGUUUUCGGGGACUUCGCAACUUGUUCGCUUAAACAGUUUUUUGGGUAAGCGAUCUUUUUUUCUCUAUCUCCUUUUCUUCUUUUGUCUUUUCCAAAAGCCUUCUGUAUUAUAUAAUUCUUUGUCGCUUGGGACGGUCAGUCGGGGGUUUGCCGUCAUCCUCAAGUUGCCUUACCUACCCAGCUACUGUUUGGUCAUGUCGGUUAUUUGUUUGAUAGGCUCAUUGGGGCCAGCCUUUUUUGGGAUUUGCUUUUUUUGCAUCCGUGAGUUUUGGAGGACAUUGGUGAUGGUAUUUUGCAUCGUCGCGAGGCCUUGUUUUUUACUUUCUUGUUUAAUACAUGUACAGCUUCAUAGUGUCGAUGGAUUCGUUUUUGCUUGAUCAUAUCAACAGUGCAUACCUAGCGGAUAGUCACGAGACCCAGAUUCAAAUUACA